ACUUAACUGUCGGCACACUGGCCUGGAGGGGGAUGCUAAAGCCCUUCACUACCCUCCUCAGGCAAAGGGACAUAAAAUAUAGAUGGCCCCUCGUCCAAGCACUCAUAGUCCUGAAAGGAGAGGACAAGCAUGUGGUUUACUCUCUACAAGGAGCAGGGGACCUACUGCCCACUUUGGGACUACCCCAGGAUGCCAUACCUGGACCGGCACUCCGGGUGAACACAAGCCAGCAACACAGAUGGGACCCAAAACGGGCCAAAACCUUUGUGCCACGACGACCAAGGCAAUCCCCCUCUGAGGCGACAGGCACCUGA